AUGGCCGCAGCCACUUCGCGACCGGCCUCGCUCCCCGCCGUCGCCCUCCUUGUAUACCCAGCAACCUUAUUACUCGGAUCCCUGUUCUCGAUACUUUCACCCACAGCGCGGCCUGGAAGAGAUUCCUCAGCUCAGCCAGUGAGCCCACUCGCCCCAUCGCUAGCAUCGGACCUACACCUGUCCGAGAAUCCGGUCAACUAUUUUGCCAGAAAGAAUAAUGUCUUCAACGUCUAUUUCGUGAAGAUCGGGUGGCUUUGGACUACGGCUGCUUUUGUCUCUCUACUCGUCUUCUCGCCCCUCUACUCCUCGUCCCGUCCACAGUCCUCGUCACAGCAAGAAACACGUUUCCGACGCACCCUCCAAGCCGUUCUACGUUACACCCUCGUCACAAUAGUUUGGUAUCUCUCUACUCAGUGGUUCUUUGGUCCAGCGAUCAUAGAUCGUGGAUUCGUUGCCACGGGCGGGAAAUGUGAGCGCGCUCUCCAGGAAGUCGGGAACAUGGGGCCUGGGGGAAGCAAUCCGACCGACCUUGAAACACUAUUCACAGCCGCAACCUGCAAGACUGCCGGUGGGGCAUGGAGAGGCGGACAUGAUAUUAGCGGUCAUGUUUUGAUGCUGGUCCUGGCCACGGCGCUUCUCUCGUUUGAGGCCGUUGGAGCUAGUGCGCCUGCCUUGCUGGCUCGCUUUGGCGUGACUGCAGACACGGGACGUGAGCGCAAGGCCAGCGAUGCCGACAGCAACCCGAUACUGGAAUCACCCGAAACUAGCUCAUUUGCACGGACUUGGGCGCUGCGCCUUGUUUGGGGUGUGGUCGGCCUGGGCUGGUGGAUGCUCUUCAUGACAGCUAUUUGGUUUCACACUUGGUUAGAGAAGUGGUCAGGAUUGACCAUUGCUCUCACCGCCGUGUACACCAUCUACAUCCUUCCGAGACGUUUGGACUCGCUGAGAGAUGUGAUCGGACUACCAGGGGUAUAG